AUGAGUGUAGAGAUCCUCGACGGCAAGACGGUCCGGAGCUUCGUGGAGGAUGAGGGCGCCUUCAACUCCUCCGUCGACGGCCGGUUCGCCGCGCUCGACGCCGACCGCGACGGCCUGCUCUCCUACGCGGAGAUGGCCGACGAGCUGAUGAGCCUCAGGGUUCUCGACAAGCACUUCGGCGUCGACGAGGCCGCCAUGAGCGCCGACGAGCUCGUGGAGCUGUACCGCGGCCUGUUCGCGCAGUUCGACCGCGACGGCAGCGGCGCCGUCGACCUGGAGGAGUUCCGAGCAGAGAUGAAGGAGGUGUUGCUCGCCGUCGCCAACGGGCUCGGGUUCCUGCCGGUGCAGAUGGUCGUCGAGGAAGGCAGCUUUCUGAAAGUGGCCGUCGACAGGGAGCUGGCCAAAGCUGCUUAAAUGUUACCUGAACCGGCGAGCAGAUUAUUUCUAUUCUUGUGUUCUUAAUUUGAUCAUUGUUGGCCUUUGUUCAGAUGUAGUUUUCAUUGUUACUUGCUCCUUUAAGUGAUAGUACAAUGGUAUCUGCACGUAUGGCAGACUCAGAAUGUAAUUCAC